AUGGCAGCUAAGGUUCUAUUUCCCACAUUCUAUAACGAGGAGACUAAAAUUUGGACUGGUGAAGAACGAGUUAAACUUUACAAUGACAAUUGUUCAGUGGGACAAAUAAUAUUUAAUAACUUAAAAAAUUGGCCGGACAAUGUAAUUCAGAUUACUCAUAUGGAUGGAACGGUGGCAACCAAUGCCGAUUUUCUUACUUGGGCCACCCGAAUUGCACUCUUUCUGAAGAGCGAAGGAUUAACCCACGAGGAUGUUGUAGGCAUUAUUGCCAAUACAAGCACAUAUUUGGUUCCUUUGGCUGCUGCUUGCUUCUUCAAUACAACGCCAUUCCAUGCUGUCAACUAUACAAGAGAUCCGAAAGUCAUUCACGGACUCUAUAAAACGACCACACCAAAGAUUAUGUUUUGCGAUGGCAAUGACUACGAGCGCAUUAAAGAGAUAACCAAAGAGUGGUCCCCAAAAAUUGUGACUCUUACGGGACAUGUGGAUGGUGUGCUUGGUAUUGAUGAUCUGCUAAAGGCAAAUCCUGCCGAAAGAAUUUAUCAACCACGAAAACUGGCUGUGGGUCCUGAUCAGACAGCGGCUAUACUUUGUUCUUCCGGGACUUCUGGUUUACCUAAAGCCGUGACGUUAUCCAAUAGUCAUGUUGCCGGCACUGCAUGUCUAAGCAUUAGCACCGAUGUAUUGUAUACCAGCGCUACCCUGGAUUGGAUGACGGGAUUUGGCACUGUCAUAAUGAGCCUUUUUAAUGGAAUGACACGCAUUGUUUCCGAUGAAACCUUCAAUGCUGCCCAUUCGAUUGAAUUAAUAAAAAAAUACAAGAUAACCACCAUUGUGAUGGCUCCUUGGCAAGCCUAUGAACUAUUUACCAGUCCCCAGGCCACUACGGAAAACGUGCAAACAUUGAGAAUUGUUUUUAUAAUUGGCGGUUGGAUAUCUUUGGCAUUGCUGCAGAAGGCCCAAAAAAUUCUACCCAGCUGCGCAAUAAUGUUCUCCUAUGGCACAACAGAGACGGGUGUAGUCACCGUUAAUAUUGAUCACAAGUUGGAGAAUUCGGUUGGUAAGCUUGCACCCGGAAUUAAAGUAAAAAUCCUAGAUGAUCAGGGCCAGCAUUUGCCACACAAUGAGGUCGGUGAAAUUCUCAUUGAUAUUGGUGUAAAAUGGGAAGGCUAUGUGGAUAAUCCAAAGGAUACAGCUUCAACCUUACAAAAUGGUUGGAUUAAUUUAGGUGAUUUAGGCUAUUUCGAUGAUGCCAAUAAUUUGUAUCUUGUUGAUCGUAAGAAGGAUCUACUAAAAUACAAAUCCAAGCAUUAUUGGCCCAAUGAGCUGGAGCAAAUCAUUGCCGAAUUGCCUGAAGUGCAGCAGGUUUGUGUCGUGGGAGUACGUGAUGAGAGAGGUGAUGCUGCUGGCGCUUUAGUGAUCACUAAAGAAGGCAUCACAAUUAGCGAGCAAAAGAUUAUCGAUCAUGUGGCCCAACGUGUUGUGGUCGAUUAUAAGCAUCUAAAUGCUGGAGUACAAUUUUUCACCGAAUUCCCCAUGAAUACCAAUGGUAAAGUAAUAAGAAAUCAGGCCAGAGAAGCAUUCGAAGCGCGUCUGAAAUAAAUUUCAUCAUAA